AUGACUGGAAGAGCUAGAGCCAGAGGAAGACCUCCCAGACAGACACCUCCUCCUCCUGCUGUAGGAGAUUGGCCGGUCCAGCAGGGCGUGCCCGGCCCGCUGCGCGGCCGGCGGCAGCCGCAGCAGCAGCUGCAGCACCCCCAGCAGCUCCAGCACCCCCAGCAGCUCCAGCAGCUCCAUGUUCCUCCAGCACAGUCCGAAGAGCCCGGGGGCCAGGGGCGCCUGCGCGGCUGUGAGAACCCCCUGCAGGAGAGGAGGCCUGAAGGGUUGCAGGUUUCCUCAGGACUCCAGGAUUUGUCUUUAAGAGAUAGGGGUGGACGUCGCAGAGAUUUCCAUGACCUUGGGGUGAACACUCGGCAAGCCAUGAUGCAUGUUCAAGAGUCCAAAACCGGUUUUUCAGGAAAAAUGAUCAAGCUGACCACCAACCACUUCCGGCUGACGUCGCGCCCGCAGUGGGCUCUGUACCAGUACCACGUUGGCUACAGCCCCGAGAUGGAGGCGCGGCGCCUGCGCUCGGCCCUGCUCUUCCAGCACGAGGAGACCAUUGGCAAGACCCAUGCCUUUGAUGGCUCAAUACUGUUCCUGCCAAAGAAACUCGAGAACAAGGUUACUGAACUGUUCAGUAGGACUCGAAAUGGGGAGGAUGUGAAGAUAACAGUCACACUCACUAAUGAGUUGCCACCCACUUCACCUACUUGUCUGCAGUUUUACAACAUCAUUUUUAGAAGGCUUUUGAAGAUGCUGAAUUUGCAGCAGAUUGGACGUAAUUAUUACAACCCCAGUGAUCCAGUCAGCAUUCCUAACCACAGGCUGAUGGUGUGGCUGGGCUUCACCAGUUCCAUCCUGCAGUAUGAGGAGAACAUCAUGCUGUGUGCAGACGUGAGCCACAAGGUUCUCCGUGGGGAGACAGUGCUGGAUACUAUGCACAGCCUUCACUCCCAGGUUGGAGAGGAGAGAUUUAGAGACACCUGUGCUAAAGAGCUGAUUGGUUUAAUUGUUCUCACAAAGUACAAUAACAGAACAUACAGAAUUGAUGACAUCGACUGGGAUAACAAUCCAAAGAGUACCUUUAGAAAAUCAGAUGGUUCUGAGAUGAGCUUUGUGGAGUACUACAAAAAGCAAUAUAACAUAGAAAUUAGUGAUUGGAUGCAGCCUGUCCUGAUCAGCCAGAUGAAGAGGAAGAGAGGGAACAUACAAGGAUCUGUGGCUCUGAUUCCAGAGCUGUGCUCCCUAACAGGGCUGACUGACAAGAUGCGCAACGAUUUCAACAUGAUGAAGGACUUGGCCAUCCACACACGGCUGCCGCCUGAGCAGAGGCAGCGCGAGCUGGGGAGGCUUCUGAGCUACAUCCAAAAAGAUGACAAUGUUCAGAAGGAGCUCCGAAACUGGGGUUUAAGCUUUGAUUACAAAUCAGUGUCCUUUACAGGAAGAGUUGUUCAAGGAGAAAAGAUCUUUCAAUCAGGAACCAUGUUCGAUUACAACCCCCAGUUUGCCGACUGGACCAAGGAGACGCGCGGCGUGCCCCUGAUCCGCUCAGUGCCCAUGGACAGCUGGCUGCUCAUCUACACCCGCCGCAACUACGACGUGGCCAACACCCUGCUGCAGAGCCUCUUCAAGGUCACCCCGUCCAUGGGCAUCCGCAUGAACAGGCCCAACAUGAUUGAAGUAGAUGAUAGAACAGAAGCAUAUUUAAGGGUCUUACAGCAAAGGGUGACCCCUGACAUAGACAUAGUAGUUUGUAUCUUGUCUAGUUCCCGGAAGGAUAAGUAUGAUGCCAUCAAGAAGUACCUGUGCACAGACUGCCCCAUCCCCAGCCAGUGUGUGCUGGCUCGCACUCUGAGCAAACCGCAGACGAUCAUGACGGUAGCAACGAAAAUUGCCUUGCAGAUGAACUGCAAAAUGGGAGGAGAGCUCUGGAGCGUUGAGAUCCCCCUGAAGCAGGUGAUGAUUGUGGGCAUUGAUUGUUACCAUGACACCGUCUCUGGGAAGCAGUCCAUCGCCGGCUUUGUCGCCAGCCUGAAUCCAGCAGUCACACGGUGGUUCUCCCGCUGCGUUGUUCAAAGUCGUGGGCAAGAACUUGUGGAUGGAAUCAAAACCUGCUUGCAAACUGCUCUGAGGAACUGGUCUAAAUGGAAUAAGGGUUUGCCCUCUCGUAUUUUUGUGUAUCGUGAUGGUGUUGGAGAUGGACAACUCAAUACUUUGGUUAAUUAUGAAGUGCCUCAAUUUCUGGAUUGCUUGAAGAGUAUUGGUACUGACUACAGCCCGAGACUCACUGUGAUUGUGGUGAAGAAACGAGUGGGUGCCAGGUUCUUUGCAGAGAUUGGGGGAGGACUCAAAAACCCACCCCCUGGGACUGUUGUUGAUACAGUGGUGACCAGACCAGAGUGGUACGAUUUCUUCGUGGUGAGCCAGACGGUGAAGAACGGCUGCGUGGCCCCCACCCACUACAACGUCAUCUACGACACCAGCCAGCUGAAACCCGACCACGUGCAGCGCCUGACCUACAAGCUGUGCCACAUGUACUACAACUGGUCGGGUAUUAUCAGAGUACCUGCUCCUUGCCAGUAUGCUCAUAAAUUGGCUUUCCUUGUGGGUCAGAGUAUUCACAGAGAACCAAACCUGAUGCUUUCAGACAGACUGUACUACCUUUGAAACUGAGCUACCAGCCAAGCAGAAGAGAGUAGCUCCUCUCCAGGGAAUGUAGAAUUGUCUGGGCUUUUGGUUUAGUUUUGGUUUUUCGUAAGAGACGUGCACAGGAUAUGUGCAGUUGUGGAAAUUAUUUUAUUCUCAUUGUACCAAGGAAAAGCUUGAG